GUAUGAUAGUCUUAGUCUUAGAGUAAUUGUUGAUGCAUAAUCAAUCAUGCUACCAUGCCUUUCCCAUACUCCUCAACCCCUUGGGCUUGGGCUUGGCCAUGGCCAUGGUCCCAUAAGAAACUCUCAAGAAGCUUUCACCUUACUCCAAAACUGCACCAGUUUCAGGCACCUUAGGCAAAUCCACGCCACCAUCAUCCGGGCAGGUCUUUCCAAUGACCAACUCCUCCUUAGCAAAUUGAUUCACCUAUGCUGCUCUUCCUUUGGCCAAAUUGACUAUGCAUCUCGUUUGUUCAAUCACAUUCCUCAACCCCUCACCAUUACUUGGAAUUUCGUUAUUAGAUCUUAUAACUCCAAUGGCUGCUCCCACCAAGCCCUGCUCCUCUUUAAGCUCAUGGUAUCUAGAGGUUUUGCUCCUGAUAAGUUCACCUUUCCCUUUGUUAUCAAAGCUUGUGUGUCUUCCUCUGCUUUCCGCCUUGCCCAAGUUGUCCAUGGACUAGCUAUCAAGACUGGUUUCUCUAAUGAUGUGUUUCUGCAAAAUAACUUGAUGGAUUGUUACUUUAACUUUGGUCACGCGUUCUGUGCCUGCAGGGUGUUUGAAAAUAUGCCUGUGAGAAAUGUGGUUUCUUGGACUACCAUGGUUAGUGGUUUGGUUGAUUCUGGCGACUUAGCUGCUGCUAGAGCGGUUUUCGAGCAAAUGCCAACCAAAAAUGUUGUGUCCUGGACAGCAAUGAUCGAUGGUUAUGCUAAGAAUCAACAACCAGAGCAGGCAUUUCAACUCUUUAGGAGAAUGCAGUCUGAAAACGUUAUGCCUAAUGAAUUCACACUGGUGAGCUUGUUGAAAGCCUGUACUGAAUUGGGGAGCUUGAACUUGGGUAGAUGGAUUCAUGAUUUUGCUCUCAAGAAUGGGUUUAAGCUAGAGGUUUAUCUUGGUACAGCUCUGAUUGACAUGUACAGCAAAUGUGGUAGCUUAGAGGAUGCAAGGAAAGUGUUUGAUAAGAUGCAAAAAAAGAGCUUGGCUACUUGGAAUUCGAUGAUCACUAGCUUAGGCGUGUACGGGUUUGGAGAAGAAGCUCUUGCUCUUUUUGCAGAAAUGGAGAUGAACAAUGUACAGCCAGAUGCAAUUACAUUUGUAGGUGUGUUAUGUGCUUGUGUGCAAACAAAUAAUCUCAAUGAAGGUCGUAAGUACUUUGAGUAUAUGAGUAAACGUUAUGGUAUAUCUCCCAUUCCAGAACACUACUCUUGCAUGAUUGAACUGUAUAGCCGUGCAGAUAUGAUGGAAGAAGUAGACACAUUAUCGAACGCCAUGCGAUGAAAGCGAAAAGCGGUACAGUUUGGGGGCAGUAAUGCCCAUGUUUUUUGCCAGUGCAGGCAUGGAGUUGAGAACAAAAUGGGAGCUUUUGACACACAAAUGAUACAAGGGGCCAUGUAUCAAGCUCUAGAAAUGGUCCUUGUGCUAUUGCAGAUGAAAUCUGAACUCAAUAGUUCUGGUUCUUUGUUCUGUUUUGAUAAUUUUUUGGUGGGUUAUACAAAGAGUUAGUUGUUAAAUCUAUAGUGCCCCAAUUCAUAUACUUGCAUCACUUGAACAAAGUAGGAAGAAAAACACACACACACACAAGAACACCCCCUAUAUUUCAAGUAUGUAUCAUCUUGGCCUGCAAUAUUAUGUGGGUGGUCUAAUUAAAUUGUAUAAACAUUACCCCUUUAUUGAUUAUUCUUCCUUA